AUGAAGCUCCUCUAUCUCGGUAUCCUCCAAAAUGCCCAAGCUCCUGCCGUGGAGCUCUGCGCCGAGCGCGACCUCAGCAGCUACUCGCGCUUCACCAAAGGCAGCAUCAGCGAGUUCAUGACCAUGUUCAGCAAGACCGUGGCUGAACGGACGAAACAGGGCCAGAGACAAGACAUCCAAGAGCAAGAUUUCACAUUCCACGUCUACGCACGAACCCAAGGCAUCGCGGGCGUUAUCAUCAGCGACAAUGAAUACCCCUCCCUGGCCGCUCACCAGAUCCUCUCGAAGAUGCUCGACGAGUUCGUCUCCUUGAACCCGAACGCCGGCUCCUCUCGUGACCCUGUGCCCUUUCCCUCCCUCAAGACGUACAUCCAGGCCUACCAGGACCCACACCAGGUGGACAGCAUCCUCAAGAUCCAGAAGGAGUUGGACGAGACCAAGAUCGUCCUACACAAGACCAUCGAGAGUGUUCUCGAGCGUGGGGAGAAGAUCGACGAUCUCGUGUCCAAGUCGGAGGGCCUUAGUGCCCAGUCGAAGAUGUUCUACACCUCUGCGAAGAAGCAGAACUCGUGCUGCGUAAUUAUGUGAGCGCCGCCGCGACGACGCGACGCCGCGCCGACACCGCUGCCGACGCAUCGGCAUGAUCACCGAGUGGAGGCUAUUGUGUGAGAUUCAAGGUCAUUUCUGUGGAUUAUUUGGAAGCGUUCAGUUGCUACAGGCAUUCGUUGAUGGUUCGAACCAGUUGCUGGAAUUGCGGGCACAUGCGGGACAGGUUUGAUUUACGGUAGAUAACAAGUAACCCGAGAGAAUGCAGUGGCUUGAUGAUUGGAGUGUGAUCUCACCGUAGAGACCCGAGACUCAACAGGUGGCCUCGUCGGUUGUCGCAGCGGUGGAGCCGGAGGGGCUCAUCUGCGAUGCUUAUCUAUGCUCGGGGUGCGGGAUGGUGAUUGG